UUUCCCUUAAUUCAUCAUACCGAAUACUAUAAUGCAAAUCGAGUAGUUGCAUCCGCGUUUCAUUAAAAGUACAAAAAAUAAAUAUAUAUAUAUAUAUAUAUAUAAAUAGAUUAGUAAUUGUAAAAAUGAAAGGCAUAAAUAGUAUCCCUUCAAUAGCAAUUGUCGCUUUUUGUUGUAUCUCAUUAAAUUUUUUGAAUACUGAAGCUACUAUGACUGUCGACCAAAUCAAUAAUAUGAUGAAACCACUGGGUAAAACGUGUGUAUCAAAAGUAGGGCUCAGUCCAGAGUUACAGGAGCGACAUAGAAAUAGAGAAUUUCCAGAGGAUAGAACUUUCAUGUGUUAUAUGCAUUGUAUGGCAAAAAUGACAAAAGUUUUCGACAAAAAUAAUAAUUUCAAUUUAGAAGGUACAUUCAAACAAUCAAAAUUAGUAUUGCCAGAAGAGUUAUUAGAAGAUUCAUUAAAUGCCUAUACAACUUGUUAUCCUAAAGCCACAAGUGAUGAUCCUUGUGAAAAGGCUUAUCAAUUUGGGAAAUGUUAUUAUGAAACGGAUGGAAAGAGUUACUUUUACCCAUAAAAAUCGAAUUAUUGGUAAUUAUAAACUAAGGCUGAGUUGGAUACAUUGCUGUCUAUACACUUUAUUUCACUUGCACUAUCUUAAGUAUAACAAGAAAUAAGAACUUAUUGUAAAGACAAAUGUGUGUAUAAUAAUAAUGAUGAUAAUAAAUUUAUUUUAUUACAUUC